AUGGCCACGAGAGCGACAACAAGACCACCAUUAGAUCUCAGAGGUAACAUGCCAAAUGGAAAAAGAAAGAGUGUGGCAGGACAUAAACCCAUAGAUGAGGAAGAACCGGAUAAGAAGAAGAGAAAGCCAGCCGCCAAGAAACAACCUGCAUUCAAACCGCAACCUGUACCGAUAACGAAUUCCUCUGAUACCCCACCUACUGAUAACGAAAUCGAAUUACCACCCCCUCCGGUGUCCGAGAGGAAGAUUGCUAGACGAAGAGAGUCGACUAGGAAUAUACGAGAAAGACAAGAAUCACCUACACCAGCAAAUCCAAAUGCUAUAUCGUCAUCAUCAAACAACGAUCAUGCCAAACGAGCGAAAGUUGGUGGGAACGUUAGAUCUAGAUCUAAAUCGAUCGAUCCGAUACGUUCAGCGAUCAAUACAUCUGAUGAUCCUUUAGGUGGCGUAGAAGAAACCGCUUCAAUGAAAUUACCUACUUCAUCUUCAACGACCACGACAACAGCUUUACAAGUUCAAGGCUUGUCAAUACCAUCUACGCAUCCUCAAAGACCAUCAGCUCCAAGACCUCUCUCGCCACCUAGAAGAACAUUUUCUUCUUCACACUUAAAGUCGAGCAUCAUGGGUCCACCACCCACUACCGGUGGGUUCACGAGGAAGACCAGACAAUCAAUGGGAAAAGGUAGAAUAGGUGAAUUGAGCACAGAAAGUGUGGUACCAAUAAUGCAGAGUGAAACUCCCGUCAUAAGGAAAAACCAAGAAUUAAGAGGUCAACAAGCAAAAAGAAGUUCUUUGGAUCAUAGAGGUAGUAGAGCAAGUUCCAGUUGGGGACGAGGAGAAAUCACGAUGCCCCAUAAGAAUGUUGACUCGAAGUGGUUCUAUCGACAUAUACCUGUGUCAUAUCCGGAGCCUAUUAAAGCUAGAAUGUUACUCGUCUGGUGUGCAAUUCGAGCUCUGGAUGAAUCCCUUAAAACACCUUCAUCUUCUUCCAGAAAGGACAAAGGGAAGGGAAAAGCUAAACCUGAAGAAGGAAGAACAGACGAGGGUGACAAAAUGUUGAAGGAGAUCAUGGACGAGUUUGUUCGAGAAAUGAACAGAGGUGGUGUGGACACGAGCGUCUUCGGCUUACCGGGACAAGAUAAAACCGUAAUGGGUCUAAAACCACAUCCAAGAAACGCAUCGAAUAGAAAGGUCGAAGCGGCUGCUAACGCGGACAUAAGAAAAUUCAAGGACGAAGGCUCACAGUGGUCUACUCUGAUCUCCUUCACAAACGCGAAGCAACAAAAUGUAAUGCACUCGUUAGAGCGAAAGAAAAUUCAAGAUCAACAACCUGAUGUCACCAAAGCUGAAGCAUGGAUGAAAGAUGCUUUAUCUGUUGCCGAAGGUAUAAUUUUACAGGGUGAAGGCGAAUUAGAAGGCAAAGGUGAAUUCGAAGAUGUUGAGUACAAGGUGGAUACAUUACAACAAACAUCACACGUCGCUCUACAAUAUAUACUUCAGUCAUCAAGAUUCCUCGAUGGAAUAUUCUCAUCUUUGACUUCCGAUCUACGAACCCGAGAUAGACUUGGAUUACCUUCUAUCUUGCCUGAAAGGGAUGAUGAAGGACCAGAUACAGUAUCACUCUUGUCGACCACUAGACGAUCAGCUCCAAGUGGAUCGUCAAGUAUUAUCGAUCCGACAAAGGCGAAGUCUGAUCCGAUGAUGCUAUUGAGAGCACUCGCUAAGAAAGAAUCAUCGAGUCAAGAUGAAAAAGUAUUGGAAAAAGCAAUGCAAAUCCCACCUGUAGCGUUAUCUUCUGCUACUCCAAGAAGACCUACGGCGACAAGUAGUUCUGGUACUGCUACAACGAUGACUCCACGAAGACAUGUUCUGGGCCAAACUCCAAGGAAAAAAGGAAUGACUCCUGGUCCUUCGGAGUAUUUGACAACGAGGAUUUGA